UGCAAUAAUUUUUAACACAAAGGAAAAGGAGACACCAACACAAAGUCCUCUACACAUUGUGGCGAGGGAAGCUUGUUUCUGAGUAAGCAUUGCAGACUAGAGAAAGAUACUGUAUCCUCUUUAUUCACUUUAUUCAGUCAAGCAUUUAAAAACUUGAUACCGUUCUAUUUUUUUUUUAGAGGCAUGUUUUAUUUAUUUGUUUGUUUGUUUGUUUUGUUUAUACAUGCACUGGGUACAGUCAGAAGCGCGGGAGGGUGAGAGAAUUCACCAGAGCCAGAAUGGAGAGCAGAACAGGCAGAAGGACCGAAGUACACUGCUGAGGGGAGCAGCGGGCGGCAGGAGAGGUCUGCGCGUCAUGUGGGACCCUCCUCUGGUGGCCGAGGAGCAGCCGGGGAUUGAACCGGCGCUGCAGAGGCCGCGGGCAGCUUCGCAACCCAGCGCUCAACCGCUGCGCCACCGGGAAGGCCCUCUCAUGGCCUUUUUGUCCUUCUGCAGUUUUGCCUUCUCGGGACUCUGAUCUUCCCCAGAAGGAGCAGAACAUGGCCCAAUUUCAGGAGGGAGUGACCUUCAAGGACGUGGCUGUGGUCUUCACCACACAGGAGCUGGAGCUGCUGGACCCUUCCCAGAGGAAGCUGUACCGAGAUGUGAUGGUGGAGAAUUACAAGAACCUGGUGUCACUGGGACAUCUUCCCUUCACACCAGAUGUGGAAUCACAGUUGGAAGCUGAAGAAAUGCUCUGGAUGUUGGAAACAGAAAACCAGAGAAACGGGCAUUCCCGUGAGAAGCCCUCAGCUGUUCUUCCAGGCAGCAAGAUUCAGCAUGAGAUGGAGACUUUUCAAAAAGGACCCAUAGAAUACCUUUCACAGGACGAGCCAAUCUGCUGGCAACUCUGGAAUCAGGUUACAAGUGACUUUACUAGAUGUCUUCAGAGGAAGAGUUCCCAGUUACUACAAGGUGGUUCUCUCCAGGUUUCUGGAAAUGAGAGCAAUGUAAAGAAUCAUAAGGACUCUAGCUCCAUUUACAUUGCAUAUCCAGACUUUCCUGUUUUGACAACCCAGGAUUCAUGUGGAAAUUGCUAUUUGAGAGAGUCGCAGAAUCAGAGUAGAGGUAAGCAAAUUAACCUGAAAAAUAAGUUGCAUAUGUAUGAAACCUUCAUGAAGAAAUCACCCCUAAGUGAACUUAUUAAAGCUGCUACAGAACAGAAGCUCCAGGAAUGUAAUGAAUGUGGCAAACACAUUGGUGAUGGCUUCACUGAGCACCCACCCUUAGACGAGAACCUCCAUCCUCGUAGUGAAUGUGCAACAGGCUUCAGUCAUACCUCAGGGCUUCCAGUCCCUCCAAGUGGUCUCACAGGAGAAAGAUGGUCCAGUCAGCACUCACAUCUGCAAACUCACCAGAGAAUCCACGCAGUGGGGAACCUGGCAAAAUGUCAUGAAUCUGGUUGUAGCCUCAAUAAGAUCUCUUUUCCUUCUCAUCAAUCUCUUCACCCUGAAGAGAAGUCCUACAGGUGUGACAUUUGUGGCAAGGGAUUCAGUAGUAGCACAGGUCUUGUCAUUCAUUUCAGAACUCAUACUGGAGAGAAGCCUUACAAAUGUGAGGAGUGUGGUAAAUCCUUUAGUCAGAGUUCAAAUUUUCAGUGUCAUCAGAGGGUACACACUGAAGAGAAACCAUACAAAUGUGAAGAGUGUGGUAAGGGCUUUGGCUGGAGUGUUAAUCUUCGAGUUCAUCAGAGGGUCCACAGGGGUGAGAAACCCUAUAAAUGUGAAGAGUGUGGUAAGGGCUUCACUCAGGCUGCACAUUAUCACAUCCAUCAGAGGGUCCACACUGGCGAGAAACCUUAUAAAUGUGAUGUCUGUGGUAAGGGCUUCAGUCACAAUUCACCAUUAAUAUGCCAUCGGAGAGUCCACACUGGAGAGAAGCCAUACAAAUGUGAGGCGUGUGGGAAAGGCUUUAUCCGUAACACAGAUCUUCAUAUCCAUUUCAGAGUUCACACAGGAGAGAAACCCUACAAGUGUAGGGAGUGUGGUAAAGGCUUCAGUCAGGCUUCAAAUCUUCAAGUCCAUCAGAAUGUCCACACUGGGGAGAAACGAUUCAAAUGUGAAACGUGUGGGAAAGGCUUCAGUCAGUCUUCAAAGCUUCAAACCCAUCAGAGAGUCCACACCGGAGAGAAACCCUACAAAUGUGAUGUGUGUGGUAAGGCCUUCAGUUACAGUUCUAAUCUGAAACUGCACCAGGUAAUUCACACUGGAGAAAAACCAUAUAAAUGUGAUAAGUGUGGGAAGGGUUUCAGUUGGCGGUCAAAUCUUCAUGCUCAUCAGAGAGUCCACUCUGGAGAGAAGCCCUAUAAAUGUGAGGAGUGUGAGAAAAGCUUUAGUCAGGCCAUAGAUUUUCGGGUACAUCAGAGAGUCCACACUGGGGAGAAGCCAUACAAGUGUAGUGUAUGCAGUAAGGGCUUUAGUCAGUCAUCUGGUCUUCAGUCCCAUCAGAGAGUCCACACGGGGGAGAAGCCCUACAAAUGUGAGGUAUGUGGAAAGGGAUUUAGAUACAGUUCACAGUUUAUAUACCAUCAGAGGGGCCACACUGGAGAAAAACCAUACAAAUGUGAGGAGUGUGGGAAAGGCUUUGGAAGGAGUUUGAAUCUUCGUCAUCAUCAGAGGGUCCACACAGGAGAAAAACCCCAUAAGUGUGAAGAAUGUGGCAAGGCCUUCAGUCUGCCCUCAAAUCUUAGAGUUCAUCUGAGUGUUCACACUAGAGAAAAACUAUUUAAAUGUGAAGAAUGUGGUAAGGGGUUCAGUCAGAGUUCACGUCUUCAAGUGCAUCAGAGAAUCCACACUGGAGAAAAACCACACAAGUGUGACAUAUGUGGCAAAGACUUUAUCCACCAUUCCCGUCUUAUGUACCAUCAGAGAAUCCACACUGAAAGUAUCUUUGGAAAUGAAAAGUGUGUUGAUGGCUUUGGUAAGAAAUAGUAUCUUCCCCUUUUUGGAGGCUCCCUGUUAGUGCUAAGCCAUGUGAAGUGGUAAAGGUGGAAGGGGGUUUCUUCAGACUCGAUACAGGUAUCCAUGCCAAGGAUGACAUAGAACCACUGUAACAGGAAAAUAAUAUAUAUUUAGGGAGAAAUGAGUUGUAACUCUCUUGGUAGAUCCAAUUAACAUAAAGGAUUAUCCUUCAAAGUAAAUACAUGAGUAAAGAUAUUAUGUGAAAAGGAUAUUUGUGAUAUAAUGGCUAUUUUGGAAUCGGUGGUGUCAGGUAGUAUUUUAGGUUUUAUUUUCUUUUAUUUAACUUGUAUUUUAUACUUAUUAACAGUGACCAUUAUUUUUACUAAAGCUGUAAAGCUAUGAAAAAUGAAUAACUAAAAUUUUUCUGUAGACAAAGACUCAUGAUUGCUUUAUUUAGUAUGGUAUCUAGGAUUAAAAUUAGGGGUAGAGUUCCAGAGAGGAAUCUUUGAUCUUCAGAAGUAAAAGUUUAUCAUCUCAGCCCUACAUCAAAGAAUGUUCACUGUAUCUUUUUUUUUU